CAGCUAAAAAAUCAAAACUGAUAUUUUUCUGUCCAACUUGUAUAAGUUCUAUCACUACUCUGCUCUGAACAAGGAUGGUCUCAUGGAAGCUGGCAAGGCCCUCAAAAUAAUUAUCCUUCAGCCAGGAAAUAUCUGGGGCACACGAUGGGCACCCCACCGCCACAGAGCAUUGCUGGCAGUGAACCGAGAUUGGCCAGCUUUGGUCAACCAUCUAUCUCAAGUUGCAAUGGGUACAAAUGAAACUGCUGCUAAGGCAAAAGGUAUCCAUCAGACACUAAUAUCAGUUCAAUUUGUGCUCAUGUUGCAUGUUGCUGUGAAGUUCUUCAAUAUUUGUCGUACCAUAAGUGAGGUCUUCCAGGACAACAACUCUUCGGAAACUGUUUUCAUCACUUUGCAGGCUGCAAAACUCAAGUUAGAUUCUGAGCGGUUUGAUGCCAAAGGAGUGCUUAAGUCCUUUGUUGAAAAGGAGCUUGUCGUCACAGGGGCUGAUGUCAAGUACAGAGGUGAGAGUUUGAAGCUAUACUCUGGGAGUUCUAGGGGAAGACAGCACACACUUGAGUCAGCUCUGGAGGAGGUGGAAAAGAGCAUCAGCUGCAUGGUAACUGCCACCUCAGAGGCACUGAACAAGAGGUUCGACUCAUUCAAUGAACCUGUGAUGAAAGCCUUCGGAGUGUUUGAACCAAACAACUGGCCUGAUGAUAUUGAAAUGUUAGCAGAUUUUGGAACUGCUGAGAUUCAGAUCCUCACUAAACACUUCAGUGAUCAUCUAACUAGGAACGGCUACGACAUAACUUCAGUGGAUGUUGAAUGGACCCAGUUGUUGCUGUCUUGCAGAGAGAUGAAAAAGCAACAACCUGGUAGCUGUGUGGCAAGUAGUGAAUGGUUUCAAGCAUUCUGGCAGAAGGUCCUUCAAAAGUAUGAUAGCACUAACAGGUUAACCAACAUCCUAACUUUAGUAAAGAUAAUGUUGGUGCUCCCGAUCCAUUCAGCUGAAGCUGAGCGGGGCUUUUCCUUGAUGGGUAGAAUUAAAAAUACCUGGAGGUCCAGAUUGCUCCCAAAUAUGACCAGCGAUCUCAUGGCCCUUAAACUUGGAGACGCCACAGUGAAAACAUUUGAUCCGAUGCCCUCCAUCAACAGGUGGUGGGCUGACACCAAGCGCACCAGGCGUUUCACAAAGCAGUAUAAAUCAAGGCAAAAUCAGAGUUUUUAGACAAAGUUUUGC